UGAAACAAACCAAAAAAAAAAACAAACCAUACCAACAGGGGUGAUUGGUGAAUUAAAAUAAGAAAUGUCGCCCGCCCGUCUCGUCUUAUUGUACGAGGUGCUUACAUAGCAAAUCAAUUUAUUAAUAGGCGCGGCAAGCAUUGUUUCUUAAUAAUUAUCUAGGUGCCUACUUAAUUGAAAAUAUAAGUGAAGUGAAUAUCCCGCCCGAGUCACCAUUGGUUAUUAUUUAUAUGGCUUAUCGUAAAGACGUCAGAUCCUUGUGGUUACAAUAGUUAUCGAUUUGUUUCUGUUAGAUGAGAUGACAAAACCAUGCAAAGUGUGUUUAAGUAAAUAAUCUACAAAAACGUAUUAGAUAAUUACCGUUGAGAUAAAAGUUCCACUAAGUGUGUACGGAAUGAAUUUCGAUAAUUCGUCGAGAGAAACCCCUGAAGCAUUAGAUACAGUCGGAACUGUAAGCCCUCGUGAAAAAUAUCACAGUAUGCGGGAAAAGAAAUUGUCUACUGCUUCACUUACAAAUACCGAAGGCGCACGCCCCAAGGUGGUGACCGUCAAGCACCCAGAGUCCAAUAAGCCCAAACCUACCGCGAAGAAAAGCAAGCCUAUUCAAGCGGAUCUCGAUGUAAUCAAAGAGUUCAUGCGAUGCCGCGAAGAAGGCGUCAAACGACUUGACCUUAGUAAGUCAUCUAUAACAUCACUGCCGCCAAAUGUUCGAGACUUGACACAUUUAACAGAGUUUUAUUUGUAUGGUAAUAAAUUGGUAGCCCUACCUGCAGAGUUUGGCUGCUUAACAAACUUACAAACAUUAGCUUUGAAUGAGAAUUCGUUGACAAGCUUACCUGAAUCACUUGCAAACUUACAAUGCCUCAAAGUCUUGGACUUGAGACACAACAAGCUCAGCGAUAUACCAGAAGUUGUGUACAGGCUCACUUCUUUGACUACUUUGUUCUUGAGAUUCAACAGAAUCAGAGUUGUGGGUGAUGGCAUUGCCAGUCUGACUAAUCUGACAAUGCUUAGCCUACGAGAAAACAAAAUAAAAGAAUUGUCUUCAGGAAUUGGAAAUCUAGUAAACUUGGUUACAUUUGAUGUUUCACAUAAUCACUUAGAACAUCUGCCUCGGGAAAUUGGAAACUGCAUCAAUUUGUCAACAUUAGACCUACAACAUAAUGAACUCCUUGAUAUUCCUGAGACUAUUGGAAACCUACAAGCUUUGACUCGUCUGGGACUUAGAUACAAUAGACUGACCAGUAUACCACCAACAUUGAGCAAUUGUAAACACAUGGACGAGUUUAACGUGGAAGGAAACUCUAUCUCUCAAUUACCUGAAGGCCUUCUAGCUAGUUUGAAUGCACUUUCAAGUAUCACUUUGUCCCGCAACUCAUUCAUGAGUUACCCAUCAGGAGGACCUGCUCAGUUUACUAAUGUAUUUUCUAUCAAUCUUGAGCAUAAUCAGAUAGACAAAAUUCCCUAUGGCAUAUUUUCAAGAGCAAAGAACCUAACAAAGCUGAAUAUGAAAGAAAACUCGCUGACAUCCCUGCCACUUGAUAUUGGAACAUGGGCAAAUAUGGUAGAAUUAAACUUGGGCACUAAUCAACUAACUAAAUUGCCUGAUGAUAUCCAAUGUCUGCAAAAUUUAGAAAUAUUGAUCCUGUCAAACAAUCUCCUAAAGAGAGUACCCCCAAGUAUUGGCAGCCUGAGGAAGCUAAGAAUUUUAGACUUGGAAGAGAAUAAAUUGGAUGUGUUACCAAAUGAGAUAGGAUUUCUCCAUGACUUACAAAAGUUGAUUGUUCAAUCCAACCAAUUAACAACAUUGCCUCGCUCCAUUGGCCAUUUAACUAAUCUCACAUUUCUGAGUGUAGGUGAAAAUAAUCUUCAAUAUUUGCCUGAAGAAAUAGGUACACUUGAGAAUUUGGAAUCAUUGUAUUUGAAUGAUAACCUAAAUCUGACAAAUCUUCCAUUUGAAUUAGCUCUUUGUGUCAGUUUGCAAAUUAUGAGCAUUGAGAACUGUCCACUGACAGCUAUUCCACCAGAGGUGGUGUCUUCGGGGCCGUCGUUGGUUAUUCAAUAUUUGAAGUCUCAAGGCCCUUACAGGGCUAUGUGAUAUAAGGAAGAUGAUUACCUGCCAGGCAGCGAGGGCACAUAAACUAGAAGAACAAGUGCAUGAUGUUUUCAGAAAAAUGUAUACUCAUACUUCCCUGUCAUAAAAAUAUAAAUGUAUAACAUCUAGUUAAUUUUAUGGCAUAAGAUGUAAGGAAUUUUUGUAAAGGCUUACUUAAUUUUACUUUUUCUGUUAUACUGAUUCUUAAUUAUUUGUGUUAAGAUGAUUUGUUUAAUACUUAUAUUGAAUUUAAUUAAUACAUCUGUUCUUUGUAGGUAGUUCUUUAUAACUUUCUAAGCUUAAAUGUUUAUUCUUUCACUAAGUUUAAUCAUUUAUAUUUGUGUAAUAAAACAUAUAAAAAUACAAAAAUAAAUCCUUUAAGUGUAAGUUAGAUGUUAUAUUGAGAAGCUGUAUAGUGUGUAAUGCACAAUAAAAUAAAUAUGUUAUCAGUGUUAUACAUAAUAAUCUCAAAAUGUUAUUAUUGUGACUGAGAUUUAAAAAAUCUUCUAUUUGCUUCUGUUAAAUGUCUUAAGAGCAUGAAAAUUUGUAAGUUAUAAAAAUGAUCAUCAUAAUAUUUUGUGUCAUAACUUGUUCUCUAAAUAAUUCAUUUUUUUUUUAAUUUUGACAAUAUCUAGAAUCAUAGUUAAGUGUUAGAUUGAAAAUAUUUUCUUAUUCAAGUAGUAUAGUUAUGUUGGAAUUAUGUAACCAGUAUUUUACGAUAUUUGUAAUUUGUGUUGUAUCAAUGAGGAUAUAAUCCUCUGUGUACUUUAAUUCUAAGAUCUCAUCAGUUAUUAAAAUAUUUGACUGUCAGUAUUGAUUGACAUUAUUACAUUUUCUGAUUAUCAUCAAAGCAAUUUGUAACAAAUGUUUUACUUUAAUAUUAUUGACUGCAGUUUCCUGAAGUAGUAUGAAAUAAAAUAGGAUUUAUUGUCUUGUAAUAUGUAAAAUUUACUUCUUACAAUGUAUUAUAAACCAUAAUGUGCUGUAGCAACUUCCAGUUUUGUAAUGAUUUACCAUAUAAUUUCUUAAGACUAUUGAAAAUUUCUCUAUAAAAUGUUUAAGAAACUAGUACACAUCUUUAUUUAGAUGUGCCAAUUUAGAUAUGUUAGGUUUACAAACAUUUCUAAACUUUUAUUGUAUGGCCAAAUUAAAAUAUAAUGAAUAGGCUACAUUAAUGAGCUUAUUGUGUAGGAUGUCAAGUUAUGCUUGGUUUUCCUAUAUUGCUGCAUUUAUUUUAAAGUUAUUUUCAGUGAGUUAUCAAGUACCUAGUUUUAAGUUUUUACUUAUGUAACUCAAACUAAAUGUAUUAUAUAUGUAUAUGAUCAAAUUAUUCUGUGACUGUUUUAAAAGAUGAAAUCCAUAUUAAUUUAUUGGCAUAUUUACUAAAACAUUGUUUUCUAGUCAUAACAUAUCUAUGUAUGUAUAUGUCUGAAUGUCUUGUAUGUAACUAAAACAGGAAAUAUUUCUGAUGUC